CAGGCUGAUGUCCCACGGCGGCCCUGGAGGUCCUACUUCGACCUGAUUGUGGUGGACACCCGCAAGCCCCUUUUCUUUGCUGAGGGCACCGUCCUGCGCCAAGUGGACACGGACACGGGGAAGCUGCGCAUUGGGACGUACACGGGCCCCCUGCAGCACUGUGCUGUGUACUCUGGUGGCUCGUCAGAUGUGGUGUGUGACCUCCUGGGUGUGAAGGGCAAGGACAUCCUCUACAUGGGGGACCACAUCUUUGGGGACAUCCUGAAAUCCAAGAAGCGGCAGGGCUGGCGCACCUUCCUGGUGGUGCCCGAGCUGGCCCGAGAGCUGCAGGUCUGGACAGAGAAGAGUGAGCUGUUUGAGGAGCUGCGGAGCCUGGAUCUCUUCCUGGCCGAGCUGUACCAGCACUUGGACAGUGGCAGCAGUGAGCGCCCAGACAUCAGCUCCAUCAAGCGCCGGAUCCAGAAAGUCACACAUGAGAUGGACAUGUGCUAUGGGAAGAUGGGCAGCCUGUUCCGCUGUGGCUCGCGUCAGACACUCUUUGCCAACCAGCUGAUGCGCUACGCAGACCUCUACGCUGCCUCCUUCAUCAACUUCCUCUAUUACCCCUUCAGCUACCUCUUCCGGGCUCCCCCUGUCCUGAUGGCUCAUGAGUCAACAGUGGAGCACUCUCACCGGGACUCAGGGGAUGCCGGAACUGCCCUUCCUCCCUGGCUGGCCCAGCAUGGUGACCCUCACCAGCAGGUCCCGCAGGACUCCAGUGGGGAGGAAGAAGAUGAUGGAGAAGCCUGAGCACCCCCCAACUGCCAUGCUGCCCACGGGAGGACAUUCAGUGGCCCUGGACCACUUGCGCUCAUGGCCAGCUGCCACCUCUGGUGGCCACACAGGAUGGCUGGUGGCCCUGACUCCUGGUCCCUGUCACAUCUGUCCCCUGUCCCUGGGCAGUUGGGACCUUCUCCUGACUCUGCCCAGAGCCAGGAGAGGCUCCCCCUCCCCCCCCCCUCCAAGGCUGCUAGCUCCUGCCCGUUUAAUUCAUAUCUGCCUGGUGCCCCUUGAACUCAUUCCUCUCCCACCAUCUUAUUGCCAGCCUGGGGGCAUCCAGCACCAGGGUGAACGGGCAGUGCCACUGCUGCAGCAUCCCUGGCAGCCCCACUGCAAUAGUUGGGCUCCCAGCACCGAAAGCCCCCUGCCCCUUUAGCCUCUGGGCCUGGCCAUGAGCACCGCAGUGCUGGGUGGAUGGGGUGGGGCUCUGCAGGUGACACCUGCUCCAGGGGAACCCCGUGCACCUGCUGUUCCUCUUUUCUUCUUUCUACCCGUUUCUAUUUAUAAAACACCCUCAAAACUCCUGGCACUGCCGAGACAUAAAGUUGGUUUUAAAGGAAAACUGUUUUGUCCCUGCACCUGAGAGCUGGGGGCAAAGGGCAGUCCCCCAGUCCUUGUCCAGCAGCUGGGGCAAGCACAAGCCCCUAGGGAGAAGGUGGCAGCCCCGAGCUAUCCCCAGCUCUGCAGAGGGGCCAGGCCAGGAGCACUGCACAGAGCAGAGCCACCCCGUGCCAUAACUGCUCUGAGACUUCUGCCAGCAUCCCUGGCUCAAUGGAGAUGCUGAGCCAAGGCUGAGGUUGGGAGAGAGCAGGAGAAGAGCGUGACAGGGCCAGGAGCACUGCCUGCUGGGACUGGGUGGGUGACAGCAGGGCUCCCCCACCUUCCACAGCUGCAGGGUGGUCACCGUUCACAGCAGAGAGCACCUGCCAGUGUGGGAAGAUGGACUGGAGAAUAGAGACAGUGCUGAAGGCAAUCACGCCCCUGACAAGUUGCAGCUGUACUAAUUACCAAAGAGUAGGAGCAGACCUGCCCUUAAUUGGCCACAGCUGUUUCCAAUACAGGGUGACUGUUAAAAAAGAGUAGGUUAGCUAGUUGAGAGGAGAGUUGGAGUUUGUUAGCUGUGCUGAGGGAUGGGAAGGAGUCAGCUGGCCAUGCAGAAGGAAGAGAAAAGGAGUCACCGUUGUGAGGAGCUGCCCGUGGGAGCUCCCAGAGAGAAGGCAGGAAAGUUUUACAGUAAGAUAACAAAGUGGCAAUGACAGUCAGUUUCCAUGCACCGUGGUUGGUGCCAAGCACCAACACCAACAAGGGUGGCCGGGACGGGGAUGGGUCCCAACAUGCCAAUCCCCUUGCCAGUCUCUUGCUCCUGCCUACUCCGAGUGCAGGGACUGCACCAGUGGAGGCCUGAGUGCACUUACAGGGCUCAUCAGUCCCCAGAAUCCCAACCAUGUCUGGGAGGUGGGGCCUGGCCUGCUGCACCCCAAGGUCCUCCUCAACCCUUGAUGCUGCUGCCCUGCUGCCAGUCUCUGCACAGAAGCUGCUGGGGCACUGCAGGGCCCGCAGCGCCUCAGGCAGAGCCAUUGCCACCACCUGUGCCUCAGACACCUGGGCUGCAGAUAUCCCUCUCAGGAGGGGCCAUACAGGUGUGCCAGGUAGGGCACAGGGCACCUU